AUGAAGGACUGUCCUUUACAGGAUCAGGUCGUUCUGGGUGGCUUCCUUUGUAUGCUGUGGGCAGGCGAUUGGUCAUGGACAGCUCAGUGGUUGGUGGCGCUGGAUACCAUUUGGGGACCUAUGCACAACGCUCAGACUGCCGGUGAUUUUUUGCUUCCCAUGACAUUGGACACUGGAUUUGUGCAGCCUAUGAUUCCCAUGAGUUACUCUCAAGCAUUGAAGUGGAUGCGAUUUAUGUGCACACUGCCCUGGAAACUUUCAGACACACCACUGUCUGCCAAUCCAAAUGAUUACACGUUGCAUUCAUUGAAGACCACUACUUUGUCUUGGUCCAAUCAGUUGGCCCAGCAGGGCCUCGUGACGGAGGAGCAGCGACACCUCCAAGGCCACCAUCGACGUGGCAGCAUGCGCCUCUACAGCCGGGAUGACACCGCCGGCCAGCUGGCACUGCAGGACACCCUCAUCACCCAAGUGCAAUCUGGAUAUCGAUUUGUGACACCGUUGCAUCGUGGAUCACAGCAACCGAUCCGUGAACCCCCAGUCAAAUUAGAAAGCUUUGCCAAGUCAUACCAAGAGCACCGAUGGACAUUUUUUCCAUUCAACAAUGCUGUCAAAGACCCUCUGUUGAAAGGUCAGCCAACGGCACUUGCCACCAUUGACUCAGGGGAUGAGAUCACGGUGGAAAGCAUCGAACUUAACCUCCAUGCAGAUGUGGCUCCAGGCUCCAACAUCGAUUCACUCAAGGCGAACACAGUUUCGAAAUUGAAGAAACAAUUUUUGGACGACUAUCCAUCAGAGGUCCUUAGCCCAGACACGAUGCCCAGUUCUCGCUUGCUUUCAAUGGCGUUUCAGCAUCAUAGCAAACGUGAGUAUCCAUGGAUCCCUUGGCGUUAUCGAAUGUCACAAUCCAAAAUGGAUGAUAUGGUGAUUUACCAUAAGCCCAAAGUCCCCCGCAUUGAGGGUCUUCAAUUACACCAGUUGUUGCUGGACGAACCUCCGGCCUUGGACAUCAACAACACUGGGAUGGGCGUGAACGCAAUCCGCAACAUGAUGGAUAUUCACAACACUGCGAUGGCAUUAGUGGGAGCAUGUCAUCUCCAACGAUUGCGGGCAUACUCAUUACGCUUCAUGAGCUUCUUGACCCAGCGUUUGGACGGAGAUUCUGGACUCCGGACGCCGAACGUACUGGAGGCACAGGCAGCAGACAAACAACUAUGGAAUCUGAUUCACGAAUUGGUGUUGGAUCAAGGAUUUACAUUGGACAACGCCUUACAUGAGGUGACUCACCUGAGAGCGGACAUGGCCUCCCUUUUGCAGCCAAGAGCCAAGGUCACCUCACGACCUAUGGGUUCAACCUCAUCUUCGGCCUCGACCACUACAGCCCCCAAGGGCAAGAGUAAGGGAAAAGGCAAAUCCAAAUCCAUUGGCAAGAACACCAAAGGCGAAGCUCAAGGACGACCAACUUGGGUGACAGAAGCAACGAUUCAGGGCAAGAAGCAGCAGCUCUGUAUGCAAUUCCAAUCUGGUCGCUGUCAGAAGGGUGAUCUCUGCAAGUUUGGCCACUUCUGGGCCGCCCCAAACUGUGGUGAGUACAGCCGACUCAAACUGAAGCCUCAUGGACCACCAGCAUUGCGGACACCUGAGUUUAUGCAAGGCCUUCCUGGUCUCACUCCAGCCCAACUUGACCGAGUCCAAGCGAGCUAUGAACUGAUGACCCGAUGCGUUUUGUGCUUGGAAUUGGUUUACUCUGCAGGAUCCAUUUGCAAUCACCCCAAAGACUCCCAUGAACCCAUUUCUGGCGUUCGACAUGCGGAUGGAACCUUUAAGAGCCGCGACACUGCUGAAUACCCGGAACCAAUGUGUGCGGCGAUUGCCAACUUGAUUGCACCACUCUGCGCUUCUGACACUGGUCACCAACUGACAUGGACAACAGUACAACAAUGCAUCCCUGUGAAGGGUUCUUGUGAUUUUCCGGUGAGUUAUGAAGAUGGUGGUGGCCUCAACUCUGAACCCGAUUGGAGUCGUCCACAUCGGGCUACUCCUGACAGCUUGAAGCAACUUCGACAAGACUGGGUUCAAUUGAUCCUUCACAAUGGGAUGCUGGACAAAAUGCAAGCGUUUUUUCGGGCCCAUGAAGCCCAACCACCCUUUUCUGCAGAAGACUUGGCUCCAUUUCGACACUCCAUGGAACGUUUUAUACAAUCUCAUGGCAUGAUUGCAGACUGGAGCAUUCGCAUGGACCAACCCAUGCACCUUGAGAUUAUGGCGGCCAUUUCAAGAAUUAUGCAAGACAAGGACAAUUCCCUGUUUGAUAUGUUACGACAUGGAGCUCCGACAGGAAUCCAAUCGGAUAUCCCACCUUCAACCAUUUUUCCUCGUGCCGAAGACAAAGCAGAUGAUUCCAUCCCUUUAUCCAUCCACAUGACGAACUGGCAAUCUGCAGAAUCAGACUUGGAGACCACUCGUGAUUUGGUCAACCAAGAGCUGGAAAAGGGAUGGAUCUACGAGUACCAUGGCACCUUGGCCGAUGCACAAGCAGAAUUUGGGGACAAGUUAGCCAUUGGACGUCUCGGCCUUGCUCUCAGCGAUCAUCGGAUGGGUCGGAAGGUUGCUAAGCCUGCUACAGAACAGACCCGAAGUGGUUUACUGCAGUCCCUGGCGGAUAUUGGCGAUUGUGUAGGCAUCGAUCAGUAG